UGCCAGCUCUAUUUGCCCGGCCCCAGGGACGGAGCUGAUCCUUGAACUCUAAGUUCCACAUCGCCAGGACCAGUGAGCAGCGGCAAGGCCUGGGCUGGGCUUAUCAGCCUCCCAGCCCAGCCCCUGCCUGGACACAUAAAUAGGCCGGGGGAGAGCCGGCUGUUCAGAGACCACUGGAGCACUGAGGUCACCCACAUCCCUUCAGGAUGAAAGCCGUGGUGUUGACCUUGGCUGUGCUCUUCCUCACCGGGAGCCAGGCUCGGUAUUUCUGGCAGCAUGAUGACCCCCAGUCAUCCUGGGAUCGGGUGAAGGAUUUUGUCACCGUGUACCUGGAUGCAGUCAAAGACAGCGGCAGGGACUAUGUGGCCCAGUUUGAAGCCUCUGCUUUGGGAAAACAACUCAACCUGAAACUCCUGGACAACUGGGACAGCCUGAGCAGCACCUUCAGCAAGCUGCAGGAGCAGCUGGGCCCGGUGACCCAGGAGUUCUGGGACAGGGUGGAAAAGGAGACGGAGACGCUGAGGCAGGAGAUGAACAAGGAUCUGGAGGAGGUGAAGCAGAAGGUGCAGCCCUACCUGGAAGACUUCCAGAAGAAGUGGCAGGAGGAGAUGGAGAUCUAUCGCCAGAAGGUGGCGCCGCUGGGCGCGGAGCUGCGCGAGGACGCGCGCCAGAAGAUGCAGGAGCUGCAGGAGAAGCUGAGCCCGCUGGCCGAGGAGGUCCGCGACCGCGCGCGCGCCCACGUGGAGGCGCUGCGCCUGCAGCUGGCGCCCUACAGCGACGAUCUGCGCCAGCGCUUGGCCGCCCGCUUCGAGGCGCUCAAGGAGGGCGGCGGCGCCAGCCUGGCCGACUACCACGCCAAGGCCGCCGAGCAGCUGAAAGAGCUGGGCGAGAAGGCCAGGCCCGCACUGGAGGACCUCCGCCAGGGCCUGCUGCCCGUGCUGGAGAGCCUCAAGACCAGCAUCCUGGCCGCCAUCGAAGAGGCCUCCAAGAAGCUGAACCCCCAGUGAGCCGCCCUUCACUCGCUCCGGAUUCCCUCGCCGUCGUGCGGUUUCUUAGAAUAAACGUUUACAGAGCAGGACACCAUGUGAUGGGUUGUAUGUUUGGGGAGGCUUCAGGGAUGAUGAUUUUUAAACAAUAAAAAUUCUCCAAAACUCAGAAAAA